AUGCCCCGCUUCGCUGUACGGACUGAAUUUUGGCUUAUGUGGUACCAGUACAGACUGGAUGGAAUGAUAUAUAAGCAUUUUACUCACAAGUACAGCAAAUUCUACCUAGGUAGUCGUUACUAUCUAGUUGGAAGCACCCGUCUCUCUCUAGCUCUAUCCACGAUCAAGAUCUCCACAGUAAUAUUUGGUACCUGCCUUCAGCAAGGCGGAAAGGGAGGGCUGAAGAGUACCAAGACGCAGCAGCGCUUAGGCACUCUCCCGCCAGACACUGACAGACACAAGCCCCUCCAUAAACUGAUCGGACCAGGGACAUCGUAUAUCCUCGAUCAGGAUACGCCGGAGACCCCCCACGAUGCGGCGAGACUCAAGUACGACCGCUCCGGUCCUAUACCUAUUAUCCUAGUCCCGCAGCCAAGCGACGACCCCAAUGAUCCAUUGAAUUGGCCGCUGUGGAAGCGCGACCUGAUCCUUUUCAUCCUAUCCUUCGUGGCAGUUCUUUGCGCGACGACGAGCUCCAUCCUCGCGGCCAACACGGUGACCGUUUCGCUCUUCUUCGUCAAGAGCUUCACCGACGUUGCCCUACUCACGGGAUACGCACUGUGCGGCGUCGGUGUCGCCGGAUUCCUAUGCGUCCCCACCGCGCGCCUCUGGGGCAAACGCCAUCUGUUUCUCUUCGGUAAUGUUUUGAUGAUCAUCAGCUGUGCCUGGGCCGGCGGGAGUGGCCAUAAUUACAAGAGUCUGGUCUGGGCGCGGGUUUUCCAGGGAAUAGCGCUGGCUCCGUUCGAAGCCUUGGUGAAUGCCUCCGUCGGAGACCUCUACUUUGUUCAUGAACGCGGAAAACGAAUGGCACUCUCAAAUGUCGCCCUGUUCGGGGCCGCGUUCCUUACCCCCGUCUUUGUCGGCAAGAUGACAUCCACACUCGGCUGGCAGUGGACAUUUUACUUCGUCGCCAUCUUUGCCACUGCUGCGCUGCCCUUCAUGUUCUUCUUUGUGCCUGAGACGGCCUUCCGGCGCGCAAGUCACCUCAAUAUAGACUAUGAAAGCAACUCUGACGGUAACCCGUCGGAUCGCGAGAACUCCAUGGGAGCAACCAACGCGACGGGGCAACCAAACGACCAUGUCUUCGCGGAGGACAAGCAGCCUUUGCCUCUCCCAGGUAGAGGAGUGGCCACUUCCCACAAUGAGGUGCCUGAGAAAAUGUCAUUUUCGGAGACAUUGCGACUGUUUAACGGCCGCAAAACCGAUGAAAACUUCUUCAAGCUGCUUCUGAGGCCAUUCCCGCUGUUUUUCCAUCCUGGUAUCCUCUGGGCGUGUCUCACACAGGGCGUGCUCAUCGGCUGGACAGUCUUUGUGGGAGUUGUGCUCGCCGCCAUCUUCCUCGGCCCGCCACUGUGGUUCGACGAGGUACAGACCGGAUAUCUCUACACAGGAGCGUUCAUCGGCUCCAUCCUCGGUCUAGUCCUCUCGGGACUACUCUCUGAUUCUAUCAACAAGGCGAUGAUCAGACUCAACGGCGGUAACUACGAGCCGGAAUUCCGCAUCCUGCUAGUUGUGUUCCAGCUCAUCUUCAGCGGAAUUGGCCUGUAUGGCUUUGGGAUCAUCGCCGAGGACGUCGCGCGAUAUGGCUGGCUCGUUGCGGACGUGUUUUUGAUGUUCAUCAUCAUGGGGAUGGUCAUGGGCGCAGUCGCCAGCGCCUUGUAUAUCGUGGAUGCCCAUCGUCAAAUCGCCGUGGAGGCCUUCACAUGCAUGCUCGUCUUCAAGAACAUGUUCAGUUUCGUCUUGACCUUCUAUGCGUACAAAUGGUUAAUUGAACAUGGCAUCCGACCGGCAUUCAUGUCCAUUGCCAGCAUCCAGGUGGCCGUCUGCCUUCUUAGUAUCCCUAUGUAUAUUUUUGGCAAGCGUAACCGUUCUUUCUUUGCGCGUCACGAUAUCCUGAAGAUCCUGCACCUGUGGUAA